AGUAUACCGGAAGAGAUUUUGUAAAAAGAGGAGAGAACAUUAGCUAACUAACAUCCUCGAAAUAACUGGUCUUCUUUGCAUCGGAGUGUACAGAGGGGCUAAUUUUUAUUCAACGGGAUAUCAAGAAAUGGUUGUUACCCUUAGCUGAAACGACAGUUAGUGAUCGACAAUCUUUUUGUAAAUUAGCUAGCUAUCUAGCUAGCUUGGUGGAGCUAAAGUUGCUCCACCAAGAAAGCUGCUUCCUCGUUUUGGACAUCCUUGUAACGUUAACGUUAGGAAUACCAACCAAGCUAAGUCAGCUAACUUAGCUACAAUUCAAGGAACUAAAAGUUAGUCCAGGAUCCGUUACCGCUUUGGCGACUCCUGGGAAAGCGAAAAUCAUCCAGGAAACUGACUGUGGUAAAAUAGGAGUGGACAUAGCGGGGCAAUAGCACUCGCUCUGUGAGGAUGAAGAGGUUUCGCCGGCACGGGCAUGAUUCUCAACGUGACAAGCUAAAGCAGGAACUGUAUCAGUUCAACAAGACUGUGGAGCAUGGCUUCCCUCACCAGCCAAGUGCCCUUGGUUACAGCCCUGAUUUAGAUCUGCUUGCAAUCGGCACUCGUUCUGGGGCCAUCAAACUAUAUGGAUCCCCAGGUGUGGAAUUUAUGGGGCUGCAUGAUGAGAAUGCCACAGUUACUCAGGUGCACUUCUUGCCCCACCAGCUGGAAUUAGUGACUCUGCUGGAUGACAACAGUCUGCACAUGUGGACUCUAAGAGCCCAUCAUGGUGUGUCUGAGCUGCUGGAAGUGGGCCGUUUCACUCUCACUGGACCACCUGGUGCUCCACCCAGCGUGACACGGGUAACUACAGUGCUGGCACAUUCAUCAGGUGAAUGGCUUCUGCUGGGCACUGAGGGUGGCCAUGUUUUUGUGGUGGAGGUGCCUGGUUUUCGGGAACUUGAGGAGAGGAACAUCAGUGUGGAGGAUGUCCAGGCCAGAAUCCCAGAGGAAUAUGUUACCCGCCGAAACCUGGAGUGUGUGGAGGCCCUGCAGGAGAAACCCUUGAACCCGAGGCAGGUGCUGAUUGGCUAUGGUCGUGGUCUCAUGGUGCUGUGGGACCUGGAUAGACAGUGCGCCAUUCAGCACUUCCUGGGCACUCAGCAAUUGGAGAGUGUCUGGUGGAUGGAAGAUGGAGAGCAAAUACUUAGUUCUCAUAGUGAUGGCAGCUAUUGUUGCUGGCUAACAACGGAAGGUGAUGUGCAGUCACAGCCUGAAAAGCAGGAUACUCCUUACGGUUCCUUCCCCUGUAAAGCCAUUUCCAAAGUUCUUCAGUUUCCCACAAAACAAGGGCCUCCGUUUCUGAUCUUCAGCGGGGGUAUGCCCCGUGCCAGCUAUGGGGACAGGCACUGUAUCUCGGUCAUCCACAGCAAGACUCACAUUGCACUUGACUUCACAUCCCGCAUUAUUGACUUCUUUGUUAUCAGAGAAGGAGACCAGCAUACAGGAGACCCCAGUGCUCUUGUGGUGUUGGUGGAGGAAGAGCUGGUGGUGGUGGAUCUCCAGUCUGAUGGAUGGCCUGUUAUUCAAACACCCUACCUGGUUCCACUGCAUUGCUCAGCUAUCACCUGCUCACAUCAUGUCUCCAGCAUUCCCCUGAAGCUGUGGGAACGCAUACUAGCUGCUGGGGAUUUACAAAACACACACUACUCAAGCAAGCCCUGGCCGAUUACUGGUGGACAGAAUCUGGCCCCUGAACCACCACAGAGGGACCUCCUCCUUACAGGACAUGAAGAUGGUACUGUGCGAUUCUGGGACGCCUCUGGGGUCUGCCUGUAUCCCAUGUAUAAGCUCAGCACAGCAGGCGUUUUCCACACAGAUGCAGACCCCAAUGACAACCUGAAUCAGGGGGCAGAGGGAGAGUGGCCACCAUUCCGCAAGGUUGGAUGCUUUGAUCCGUAUAGUGACGACCCUCGACUUGGCAUACAGAAGAUCCAUCUUUGUAAAUACAGUGGUUACCUGACGGUAGCAGGUACUGCAGGACAGAUCCUGGUGCUCGAGCUGAAUGAUGAGAUGGCAGAGCAGGUGGUUCCAGCCACAGUUGUGGACUUGCUCCAGGGCCAGGAUGGCUUCCGCUGGAAAGGCCAUGCCCGUUUGGAUGUGAGAGAGGAGCCUGUCUCUUUCCCUCCUGGAUUCCAGCCCUUUGCCUUGGUGCAGUGUCAGCCUCCAGCUGUAGUCACAGCCAUUGCCCUUCACUCGGAGUGGAAACUGGUGGCCUUUGGGACCAGCCAUGGGUUUGGUGUAUAUGACUAUCAGCAGAAGAGCAGUGUUCUAGCCAGGUGCACCCUUAACCCCAGUGAUCAGCUGGCUAUGGAGGGCCCAUUGUCUCGUGUGAAAUCCAUCAAGAAAUCUUUGCGUCAAUCAUUCCGUCGGAUCCGCCGCAGCCGUGUGUCAAUGCGCAAACAUCAGACAACCAAUGCAGCUAAGCUGCAGGAGAUCAAUGCAAAGCUGGAGGCAGAAGCUCUACAGGAAAUGGAGUUGGCACCAGUUCAGCGAAGGAUUGAAGCUCGUUCCUCCGAUGACUCCUUCACUGGUCUUGUUAGAACACUCUAUUUCGCAGACUCGUUCAUUACUGACAGUACCCAUAACACACCAUCUCUGUGGGCUGGAACAAAUGGUGGUGCUGUAUUUGCCUACAUGCUACGCCUACCGCCAGUGGAACAUAGGAUGGAGGAGCCAGUAACUGCCCAGCAAGCUAAAGAGAUCCAGCUGAUGCAUCGUGCUCCUGUCGUGGGUCUAGCAGUCCUGGAUGGAAGAGGAGUACCCCUCCCUGAACCCCUGGAAGUAGCCCAUGAUCUAGCCCGCAGUCCAGACAUGCUGGCCUCUCACCACCUCUUGGUUAUAUCUGAAGAGCAAUUCAAGCUGUUCACGUUGCCUAAAGUGAGCACAAAGACCAAGCUGAAGUUGACAGCAAUUGAUGGCUCGCGAGUACGUCGUGUGGGCGUGGCUCUGUUUGGCAGCAGUAGGGUGGAGGACUACGGGGAGAACAGCCUCGUGGUGUUGAGCAAUCAAGGUGAACUGCAUGUGAUCUCUCUUCCUGCCAUCAAGAUGCAGGUGCACCACCCCUGCAUACGUCGGGAGGAUGUCAGUGGCAUUGCUUCCUGCGUUUUCACCAAGCAUGGCCAGGGAUUUUAUUUGAUUUCUCCUUCGGAGUUUGAGCGGUUUUCUCUGUCUGCCCGUUGGGUGGUGGAGCCGCGGAGUUUAGUGGCGUUGCCAGAUAUUCCCACCUCCACUGUUGAUCCCAGCAGGACCAGUCUUGGAGAUGGGCAAGGUUAUGAUGGCAGGGGAGUCAGAAAAGACAGUGAUGAUGAGAAUUCUGCUAGACAUGUAAUGGAGCAUGCUUUGCUGAAUGAUGAGAAAGUUCUACAAGAGAUCCAAAAGUCUUUAGAAGGAGAUCAGACGGAACACACAGAGAACAAUAUGAAGCCUUCCGGCACCAAGGUGCUGAGUAAUAGCGAUUGACUGUACAGAGUGCCUACAACUUGGAGUUGACCCAUACUCCAGCCUUGCUAGUACGGCCUAAACACUACUGCUUCCACAACUACUGAACUCCUUUAGCCAAAACCCCUCCGUCUGGAGUCUGAUGCAUGAAGCCACACCACUGCGAGGGGCGCAGAAGACAAGUGACCGCACCACCUGUGCCUGCCAUGACCUACCACUGUUUCUUCACUGAUUCCAUUGCCUGCUUAAACCCACCACUCAUUCCCCAGUCUUUCCUUACCAUACCUGGGGGCGUUACCUUUGCACAAUCUGAAAGCAGGCAAGCCUCAACAGUUAAAGGAACACAUGGAUUGUCUUGUGAGGGGGUGCCCAAGGAGUGUUUUAAUGUAAUUAUUUUCAUACUGUUUUUUUUUUUUUUUUUUUUUACCUAUGUGAUUUGUUUUUAAAAUAUAUAUAUAUAUACACACACAAUUCCUUGCAUCUGCAUGGGCGCCUAACCAACGACACAAGGGAAAAACAAAUUACGCUCACUGCUAACAUCACAGUACUGUGUAUGAUUACGCAAAGAAGGCUUCCUGUAUGCUGGUCAGAAGUGUCUGUGGAAGCACAUGUGAUGGUUUUGACUGCAGUACUCACAAGGCAUUAGCGUUGCUACCUCUUUCCCUCUCCGUCCAGGUAGAGAAUAGUACAGUGAAUAUUUUAAUAUCAGAUAGGUACUUUCUUUUACUGUGUAGCACCUAAUAUGCUGUAAUUAUUAGGGUGAAAACUUUUUAAAGGGGGCUUGGGUCUUAUUUUAUUAUUGUAUUUUUAUUGCAACAUUGAAUAAUGUAAUUUAGGAAUGUGAUUUUAAAAAGUUGUCUGAAUGUUUUAAUAUAUGUGUAAACGCAAAUUUGUACCAAUUUAAUGUUAUUGGGGCUGCUGUUAUUUGUAAUCUGACAAGGAGAUAUUUUGGUACUCUUUCCUAAAAUGUUCAAUGUGUUAGCUUUUUGUUGGCGGGGGAGUAGAAUAUAUUUUUGUAGUGACAUAAUCAAGUAUGAGAACUCUAUCAUUUGUAAUUUCACACUACAUUAUGCUCUUCUGAGUAAACUUUUUCACAAUCAGAUAA